UUUGCAGCGUGGAAUACAGUGUACACUUGGCGCUGGUUGGCGUUUUGAAUGCUGUUGGAUUUGUCGUUGUCAACAUUCGGAAGAUUUGAGCCAUCGUAGUUGCAAAAACGAGAGCAAAAAGUGCAAUCGAACAACUGCAACCGAAAUUCUUGGCAUACAGCGCAGAGUGAACGAAACGAAUGACGAUCACGCGAUGCGUCAGUAUUUCAGUGGUGCGCGUCUUUGAGUAACGUAUCGAAAUUAGUGCGGUGUAAAGACGGAACGCGUGUGCGGUAUAUGCAUAAAUUAAUCAGCAGAUAUUUAAAGUAAAUUAUAAAAAAAAAUUAUCUAAGCGCAAAUAAUUAAGUAAAACAUAAAACUCAAAUAAAAAAAAAAGGAUUUCAUAAAUAUUUCUCACAACACCGGGACGCCGCGAUAAGGACAACUUAAAUUCUAACUCACAAAUAAUUUCUCAUCCACAUUUAAUUGAAAUUAAUCAACGCCACCAUGCCGGAAACAGAGUAUGAAUGCAUUACAAAGGAAUGGCUGCAAGCGGAAUUGCGCGCCAUAUCCGCUUCGUCACACCAUAGCCACAGUCACAGCCACACCCACCCGCUCACUUCGUUGCUGGCACAGAAAUUAAUCCUCUUAGAUUGCCGCAGUUCGCACGAAUUUAGCGAGUCGCGCAUCCGUUCAGCGGUGAAUUUCUUCAUACCAAGCAUUAUGCUGCGCCGCCUAGCGCUCGGAAAAAUCGAUUUGCUGUCAACUAUUAAAUCAACAGAUUUAAAGGAACGCGUACAGAACGGCUAUAAAGUGAGCCUAUUCGUAUUGUACAAUGAUGCCGGCAUGCAGGAGCAGCAAACGGCGCAGACGUCGACUAGUGGCGGUGGUGGUGGUGGUGGUGGAGUAGUAACGGGUGAAGGCAUCGGUGGAUGUGGUUUGGAUAUUAUGUGUGGCGGCCCACGCAGCAGCAAUGUAGCUGCGGAUGCUACUAUAAAUAUUUUGUAUCGUCGCUUAAAGCAGGACGGGUGUCGGGUGGUGGUUUUGCAAGUGGAAAAAGCCAGUAUGCCCAGUCCCGGUUGGCCAACGGAGGGUUAA